GGCGGCCUUUGGGAGGCGUUUUCCGAGUUGACUCAUGCGUUGACUGCAGCAGAGCGUAGUUGCUAUUUACCGCGUGGAUUUCAUCCGUGUCAUCGUGGUAGCAUGAAUGUGGAGCUUACCUGGGGGGUAACAGUGCGAGCUAGGCAUUGGUAGGCUCUCGCCUGACGCAAUGGAACGCUCAUCGCGGACGUGUUUCAUAGCGUUUCUUGCAAGUUUUCUGUGUGUCGAAGGCGCCGUAGCGACCGAAGCUCACUUCCGUACGCCUCUGCUCAGAGAGCUCGUGUCUGUGCCGCCCGUGGGCAUUGACGACGUACCCGAUGACCGUCCAUGGGAGAACUGCACGAACCUACUGGAAACUAUUGCCGAAGUGACAUCGCUGUUCGAGCUAUGCGCUCUGAUGAAUGCUCAGCCAUUCACUAUGUGCAUGAACUGUGCUUCGCUGUACGGGAACGCUAUUGGCAUCUUCUACCAGCUUACCACUAACACUACAGAUCCGGAUUCACGGCUAUGCCAGCACCAGUUUUUCUCGUCCGCGAAAGUGUCCAUUGUUGACAAAACCUUUACUCACAUACAGGACCUCUGGCAAAGUGCCUCAUGUGAUGGUUGUUAUCAGAAACCUGUGGUAGGCCAGAGCAACCAUACCAUACGCAAUGAAACGCUCAUGUUCAACAACAAACUGGCUGCAAUGAAGAAAUGCAUUAACCAAUCUGAAGCGCAAUCCAAGAACACGACAGACUUAUGUGUGACCUGUGAACAACCGUACAAGGAUCUCAACAGCUUUUACAACAGUCUUGUCCAAAAGAGCAAGGAUGGCAACAUUUGUUUUGACAUGGUUGAUGCUAUGAAUGCAACUCGGUUCCUGUGGAGCUCCCACCUCUGCUCAGUGCACCACUACCAGAACACACCAGCGUUUGUUGUGGCCGGAGUCGUGGCGCUUCUUGUGACCCUCUUUUAUGGUGGAGCUGCCACCAUCAUCACUCCGCUGAACACCGAACUAGUCCAACCGAAACGUCUGUUGAGGCGAAGAUCACGUUAUGGCUCUGCAUCGCCUGGCAGCUGCUCCCCACGAGCAUUGUCUUCGUAACGCACACCUUGCAGUCUUCCUAACCGCUAGGGAUAGCAUGGCUGCCUCCGUUAUCGUUGUGUAUAUAUUAUGCUCGGUUAUUGAGCACAUAUUUAUUAAGCACAUGGUUGGUUUACCUCACCUUGCUUUUACAUGUGCAUCUGCUCCAAGCAGGGUGAGAAGCUUUAGACAGCAUGUAUAUAUACAUAUGUACACACAAAUGUGCAAAUAAUUAUGUAAUAAUGAAAAUUUUCUACUGUUGUAUUAAUUUUGCACAUUUGCCUGUUUUAUGGUUGUUUUUAUAAGCAUGUUGAAUAAAGAAUGUUUGAAGUUUCUGUAUAACAA